CCCUGGCUCCCAGGGUGCCCCACGUCCCCCACCUCCAUGGAGGAGCAGCAGUGGGGGCAGCAGAGGAUGUGUGGCCAGCUGUGAUGGUGACACCUGUGCCAGCAGCACCAACUCAUUGUGCUGCAGAGCCCCCACUUCAGCCUGUCCUCCCAGGCCACUGCCACAGGAGACACGUGGGGGGACUGUGUCCUCUCAGGCCCCUGGGACCACUCCACCACGGAGCAUCCCCUGAUACCCUGUCACCCCAACUAGCUGGAGAAGCCCCACGGUUGACUAAGCUGAGCAGAACCAAGCUAGCAAGAACCAGGAGGAAGAGGACAGUGGUGGAGCUGGGGACACUGGCGUGAAAGAGCAGCUCAGCUGCCCCACAUCCCCAGAAUGGGGCUUGGUCCAUGGCUAUGGGGUGACUUACAGGAAGGAGACCAGCGAGCUCAGGUAGAUGAGGGUGCUGAAACAAAGGGGGAUGAGAAGCUCUGUGGUGGGCUGGGCAGCUGCAGGGCCCCAGCCUUGGGCUGUAGGGCACCCUGCUCCCAUGGAAACCACAGCACAACAGAUCCUCCCAUUCCAUUCCCGUGGCAACUGCAGCAUCCUGCUUCCAUGGCAGGGUGCUGGGGACCUGUUUGGGGUGCUGGUGCCACUCUGGCUUCAGAAGGAACCCAAUGCCAGAGGGGCAAAGGGUGGGGGCUUGAAACUGGGAACCCAGUACAAACCAGUGCUCAUUUUCCUUGCGGUGCUGGGAGGACACCAAGAGCCUUCAGCACUUCUGGGACCCAUAAGGAUGCUGGGAUCCAUCUAGGGCAAGGAUACGCUGCUCCCCACGCCUAACACCCCAACUCCCCACUUGGUGUGUCCCCUCCAGCCCACCGUCCCCCUCCCCAUGCCCAGGCUCUGCUUCUAUCCCAAGAGGCCAUGGCGCUGAGCGCUGGGCCAGCCCUGCCCUCUAGUGUCUGAGGAGCCGCUCUCAGCAGGGCUCUGCCCCGGGCUGCUGCGAGCUGAGCCCUUGCAAACUCCUCACAUGGCCCACAGAGCCACGCAGGGUCUGACAGGCUUCCCACAGCCCUGCAGCAUCACCUCCCACCCAGCCACCACUGCUGGUGGGGGAGACACACAGGAGGACGAGUCCCGGACCCUACAUGGCACCAUGGGGACCCUGGCACCACGAGCCCACCUCCGGGGUGCCCGAGGGGGUGCGUAGGCCAGCGUUAACCCCAGCGCAGGUGCCCUGCUCCCCACACUUUGGGGACGCGCAGGCGCACCAGCACGGGUGACAACCACCUUCCCCGGCACCCGGGGUCAAUAACCGGGCGGCCAAGGGGGCACGGCAAUGGGCGCCCGCAGCGGCGGAAGAGGGAGGGGAGCGCUGGAAGUUGCUGGUUAAACUGGAAGAAGGCGCGGCGGCCUCCCCGCGGUCCCUGCCCUGGGGACUCUGACCCCGUGGGCCGGCCAGGGGAGCCGAAGCAGCCGGUGCCGAGCAGCCCCGCAGGCGCUGGGAGGAGCAGAGCAGGAUGGACCCCACCAUGGAGCUGGCAGAAGACCCCAGGUUCCCCCUCACGGUGGUGGAGAUGCUGAUCAAGAACUUCAGCGUGCCACCAGCCUGCUUCUCCCUGCCACCCACCUCCCGGCAGCUGCUGCAGCAUCUGGACAUGGCCCAACUCACCAUCAUGGGCCUCGCCACCAUCAUGGCGCUGCUGUCGGUUGCAAUCUUUGUGGAAGAAGCUUUCUACCUCACUCGUAAGAUCCGCUGCCCCAUCAAGAUGACGACCCUCCGCUGGAGCAGCUCAGCCCCUACGGUUGUGUGCGUAGUCAGCUGCUUCGGGCUAUGGUUCCCACGCUCCAUGAUGGUGGUGGAGAUGGCUACCACGGCGUACUUCUCCAUCUGCUUCUACGUCAUGAUGCUGGUCAUGGUGGAGGGCUUCGGGGGGAAGGAGGCGGUGCUCAGUGCCCUGAAGGACGUGCCCAUGGUGGUCAGCACCGGGCCCUGCUGCUGCUGCUGCCCCUGCCUGCCCCGAAUCACCAUGAGCAAGAGAAAGCUUCAACUGAUGUUCCUGGGGACUUUCCAGUACGCCUUCUGCAGGGUGUUCGCUGUCUUCCUGGGGCUGGUCCUGUUCACCGACGGGAACUAUAACCCCGCUGACAUCUCGGCAGAGAGCGUGGCCCUCUGGAUCAACACCGUGGUCGGUGCCUCCACUCUCUUUGGGCUGUGGGCCCUGGGCAUCCUUUUCCGUCAGGCCCGGCAGCACCUGGCUGAACAGAACAUCCAGGCCAAGUUCACCUGCUUCCAGAUGCUCCUUGUCCUGACGGCACUGCAGCCCGCCAUCUUCAGCAUCCUGGCCAACAGUGGCAGCAUCGCCUGCUCACCACCCUUCUCCUCCAAGGCCAGGUCCCAGCAGAUGAACAUGCAGCUAUUGAUCCCGCAAACCUUCAUCCUGGCCGUGGUGACCCGCAUGUACUACCGCAAGCAGGAUGACAAGCCGGGCUACCAGCCCGUCAACUUCCCACCCACAGGCACUCAGGUCAAGGCGUGAGCAGGGGGGAGCAAAGCGGGUGCUGAGGGGCAGAAUUAUGCCGGGGAGCUGGUCCGCCCUGUACAACCAUCUCCUCCUCAUCCGACCCUGGGAAGCUGCCGGCAGCAGAGGAGGCAGAGGGGGAAAGGGCAUCUUGGCGUGGGGUGAAAGGGUCUGAAACCUGGAGGCCACAAGCCAAAGGGAUCCGUGAAGCCGCCUCCAGCCGGGGGAGGCUCUUGUCUGGCACUGAAUAAAGAUAAA